GAACAACCAGAUGACAUGAUUUUCUUUUUUCUUUACAGACUGAAAAGUACGAACGGAAAUCAGUUUGUUUCUCUUGUGUUGUCUUUGAGGGAAUGGAAAUGGCUUGCCGUGAUGUGCAUGCAACUACCCUGUUUACUGUUUUCUGUGGAGUGUUGUCUAUAGCUGGACUCGUGGCAGCCACUUUGUUGCCUCAUUGGAGACAAAUGAAGUUGUACACGGUGAACAAGAAUGAGAAGAAUUUAACAGUUUACAUUGGCCUUUGGGUGAAAUGUGUCACCAGAGAUGGCGAUACAGGCUGUACUGUGUAUGAUGAAUAUUGGUACACAAGCACAGAUCAGUUAGACUUGCGGUUUCUUCAGCUUGCACUUCCAGUCAGCAUUGUUAUUGCUGUUUCUUCACUGAUACUGACCUUAGUUGGCAUCUGCAACACAGUGUUCAUCUCUGAACCUCCUAAUGCCAGUCUUGUUAAAUGUGCAGUGAACAGUGCGGGUUGCCAUCUUGUAGCUGGUAUGUUGUACAUGCUCGCAAGUGUCAUAAGUAUUACGCCGUCAAUCUGGGUUAUAUUCUACAAUGUGCACCUCAAUGCCAAAUACGAGCCAAUAUUUUUUCUUGAUGUAGCAGUUUAUGUUGCAAUUACAAGUGCUGGAGGUUUACUACUUGCUUCUAGUUUGUUGUUUUUGUGGUACUGUGCAUGCAAAGCAUUGCCAUCUCCUUUCUGGCAACCUCUCUAUUCUCAGCCAGCCAGUAUGUACAACUAUUCUGCCCCACCAUACUCGACUAGAGCAAGAUCCCGACAGUCAACAAUUGAAAUCGACAUUCCAGUAAUUGCUCCAGUUUCUGAAGUUGCGGAUGUUUAUAUGUAAACUAAUUACUCUGUUUUGUUGGGAGUGUGUGUUGUGGCUGUCCCACGUUUGGACCUUUUUUAACACUAAAAACAGAGAUCUGGAACUGAUGAUCAAGUAGUACAUUUUUUAAGGACUCUAACUGAUCUUUAUCUGAGGAGGCUGUUAGUUUGUUGCACAUUUGGACAAAAUUAGUAUUUUAUAAUGUUUCAUAGUGUGUUCUUUAACUUGGUCACUGUAUGCUGUGCACAAGAGAGCAAUGUCAUUUUUUUGCCAACAUCUCUCAUUUCAAUCUGACGUUCACCUGUAAAAUAGACGGGUGCUUGACCGUCUUCUGAACAUCUUGCUUCAA